AUCCGUCCACUCCUCUCACCUGUUAUCAGGUGGACGGGCUUGCAGCACAUAUAGGCUAUUUAUGACGCCACACAUUUAUUUAAGGAACCUACCGGUGCACAAUGCCGAAGGAAAGGCCUGAGUUAGUUUUGCAUGAAUGACACAUGUCAAACGGAGCCGGUGGUGACAUGCUUACAAGAAUUUGGGUCUUCACAAAGAUUCAUCCCGGACACACAUAGGACUCCGUGCAGAAGAUAAAGAUCUCGUGUCAUUUCCAGUCAGCGGAACAGUGGAUCUGAUGGACCAGGUGUCCCGGUCAGGGGUGGGCACUGAUGUCACAGACGAGACAGCCUCCAUGGGGGAAUAUAGGUGGAACUCUGAGGAUCAUGAGCCUGUUAAUCCGAGAUCCGACCCUCAGGGCCAGUGUCUGGCCGUCCCCCAAGCCCUGCCUGCCCCCACCUACAAACAGAGGGUUGAUGAGUUUAGGAAGUUGUUCAGAGAACUGCCUGAGUCAGAGAGACUCAUCGUGGACUACACCUGUGCCCUCCAGAGAGACAUUCUACUGCAGGGACGCCUCUACCUGUCGGAGAACUGGCUCUGUUUCUAUAGCAAUGUGUUUUGGGGGACAAAGAUAGUCAUGACUCUGAGGGACAUCAAGGCCAUGUACAGAGAGAAGACUGCACGGCUGAUUCCCAACGCCAUUCAGAUCUGCACAGACUCUGAGAAGUUGUUCUUCACUUCCUUCUCAGCCAGAGAGAAGAGUUACCAGGGAGUGUUCCGGAUGUGGCAGAACACGCUGAUGGACAAGCCAUUGACUAGUCUGGAGCUGUGGCUGGUGGUCAAGCAGCACUAUGGUAAUGAUCUGGGCCUGAGCCAUGAAGAAAUGGAGAGUCUACAGGGAUCAGCAGAAUCAACCACGCAGACACACACUAGCCUGACCAUGAGGCCUGGUGGAGAGGACUCUGGGAGGCUGGAGAGGCCGUCUACUCUGCGCCUCCAGCCAAGGGAUCAGGGCUCCUUUGAGCCCAACACGCCCCAGGGAGAGGACUUACCCUCACCCCUCGGACAGAGCACCGCCAAUUCGAGGAAUGCGGAUGAUGCUCACAGCACCUCGUCUCAGUGCACUCCUGACCCAUCCCUGGACCGCUCUGCCCCGGAGAGGGUCUCCAAGCGCUCAGAGCUCUCUCUGGACCUUAACACUAACCUGGACCACUUCUCUGAACAGAGCGGCUCGGAGAGCGCAGAGGAGGAGGAGAGGGUGUGUGUCUCCGAGCAGCAGGGCAGGCUCUAUGUGAACAAGGUCUUCAACAUCAGCGCAGAGAAGAUGUUUGAGCUGCUCUUUACUGACUCCCACUUCAUACGAAGAUUCAUGAACGUCAGGAAGAUCACCAAUGCCAGCUUUGCCCCGUGGCAGAGUGAAGCGUCAGGCGCCAUGAAGAGGAGUCUCAACUACACCAUCGCCAUCACCAACCCUCUGGUGGGCAAGUUCUCCACCGCCACAGAGAACCAGAUCCUGUACAAGGAAUCCAGGGAGGGUCAGUACUACCUCGUCGACGCCGAAGUCUACACACACGACGUACCGUACCACGACUACUUCUACACUCAGAACCUCUACUGUAUCAUCCGCCACUCCAAACACAAGUGUCGACUCAGGGUGUAUACUGAUGUGAAGUAUAAGAAGCAGCCGUGGGGGCUGGUCAAGUCCUUUAUCACCAAGAACUCCUGGAGCGGCCUGGAGGACUACUUCAGACACCUGGAAUCGGAGCUGAUGGAAGAGGAGGCGGAGCUGAACCAGGGAGGCGGAGACCACGGUAAGACAAUUGGCGGGCUGCGUCACCGGCGGAGGAGGACAUUCAGUCGGACACUACAGGAGCACCUGAACCCCAGCAACCAGUACAGGCCUGACCUAGAUCCUCACAGAGAGGGCAACACGGAUCCCAUGGAUAUGAAGGGUCCGCAGUGGAACGUCUCUACCAUCGUAGCUGGGAUGAGCAUCAUUAUGCUGAUCCUAACAGUACUGAACCUGGGGCUGUUCUUUAAGCUGUGGGCCAUGGAGGACGUGGUCACACGCAUGUACCUGAGCACCAAGAACCGCCUCCGGGAGAGGACCGAGAGCAGUUUUGCCCCAGACUUUAGUCCCGGACCGGCCCCUCCACACAGGACCAGAGAGGAGACUCUGUUGCUGAAAGCUGUUCUACAGGACUCCAUCAACCUACUGGAGCAGCUCCGCUGCUCUCUAUUGGUGCUUCAGCAGAACUUUGGAACCAAUAGGACAGCAACGCCUCAGUGACGCCGUCAUGAUUUCACUACGCCCUAUGAACCCUGGGGUCAUAAAGGCUACAGGGAUGCGCCUCAGAGGACUCACUCUCCCAAGUAGGGGUGUUGAUAUAGGGACUACCCACACACCGACUACUUGUUACUAAGAGCAACAACGGUACAAGUCCCAGGGCCAUUGAUAGUGUGUUACUAGGUGGAUGAAUGUUUUUUUAAAGUUCAACUGUUGGUCCUGCGCUGUGGCGGACGAGAAUGGUUCCCAAACAUCACCAACACUGGGAGGUGACUAUUGGACUUGGGUUUAUGUGAGGUUCCAUUGUCUGUUGGGUUAGGGAGUACUUUAUUCUUCCUUAAUGUUCUGGGGUUACGGUGAUUAAGUUGAAGUUCUUCUGGACUACUGUAUAUUCCAUGCAGUCCCAGCAUGCCUCACUGCGUACCCUUUCCAUUGCCAAGCUCAUCACAGCAGAUGAGCCAAUGAUGUUAUAGAAAUAAAUCCCAAUGUAAGAUUUUUACUUUUUGCACAGGUGCCUUGUGUACUUUUUAGAUUUUUUAGAUUGAUUUAGAAUAAAAAAAAUUCAAUUAGAAAAUACUUUGAAUGUAAUUUUAUUAAUUUAUUAAGACUAUUUGAAUGGCUGUGGGUUUCUGCUCAUGUGAAUAAUUAUGCUGUUUUGGAUUGACAGAUGACACAUUUAAAAAAAGAAAAUAAUCUUUGGGUGGUUUUGCAGCUGGUUUGUAAAUAUACAGCAGAGCUCAAUAUCAGUGUUGUAUUUAGAAGGGUGCAAUGUUCUGAACACUGCAGAUAGAAAUGCCUUCUAUAAAGCUGUCAUGAAUCCUUAUUCUACAUGAUGAAGCAUGUUUGUUCUACAUAAUAUAGUUCUAUCUGAACCUUCUGUAAUGUUGCACCCCACUGAACACACGCCCAGGUGAACUUUCUCAGGACUAAUUGGUUAGAGCUAAAAUAUGCAAAUAAUAAUACUGAUUGCAUUUAGUUAAUUACGUUAAAGUCCUGAUGACCAUUCCAUAUACAAUAAGCUAAAUUGAGGGUUAGUGAAUGUUCUGUAAUUCAUAUUCAUUCCACAUGAUGGUAAAACAAACCCAUUGAGGAAGCCACGUCACUCAAACACUGCACUGCAUAUCUGUACACCCACUAUAAGAAUUUGAGCAGCGGAUUCUGAGUUGAAUCCACACUAGUGCCUUGUUAGCUUUGUUUAAAAAAAAUUGUUAAUCACCAUUUACAUUUUCUCAAACACCACUCGUGUGUGGCGGUACAAUAUGAUAUUUUAUGUCAAACCCAUCCUUGUUCUAUAAUUGCACAGGAAUCUUCCAUAGUUUUGUUUGAUGUUUACAUUGCAUUAGUGUAAACUAUGGGAUGUGACUAGUUUAAAAGGGUACACACUAACAUUUGUUUUCCACACUAUCCAUAUAUGAAGUUGAAUUACGUUGGCUAUUUUGCACAUUUGUAAGAUAACGAUUUGAUGCUUUGAAUAAAGAAACCAUAUUUCUCCACAUAUUAUUGUUAAUGUGAGGUGGGGGUAUGGCAUGCUAAAAGCA